AUGAUGUUGGACGCGACUCCUGUGAAAGAAAACAUGUCUACAAGUUAUUAUGAUGCAAAGAGGAUGGUGUCGAAGUUGGGAGUAGAAGUAAAAAAUAUUGAUUGUUGCAUUAGAGGUUGCAUGUUGUUUUAUGACAACGAGUUUGGUACAAAUGAUGGGGAAUUGGAGGAAUGUAAGUUUUGCGAGAGUCCGAGGUAUUUAGUUAGAAGUAAAGGAGUUGACCAAAGGCAAAAUCGCAUUGCAGUGAAAUCUAUGUUCUAUCUACCAAUAAUACCUAGGUUGCAAAGAAUGUUUGCAUCAAUGCACAGUGCAAGCCAAAUGGCAUGGCACCAUACAAACAGAAUUAGUUCAGGCAUGAUGCGACAUCCAUCUGAUGGCGAGGCAUGGAAACACUUUGAUAGAGUUCAUCCUGAAUUUGCACUUGAACCCAGGAAUGUCCGACUUGGAUUAUGCUCAGAUGGUUUCACUCCUUAUAAUUUUUCAGGAAAUGCAUAUUCUUGUUGGCCAGUUAUUGUUACCCCGUACAAUCUCCCUCCUGAGAUGUGCAUGACGAAACCUUACAUGAUUUUGACAUGCAUCAUUCCGGGACCGUCGAGUCCAAAGGCGGGAAUCGAUGUUUAUUUGCAACCUUUAAUUGAUGAUCUCAAGAGGCUGUGGGUGGGAGCGUGGACUUAUGAUGUGUCUCGUAAACAAAAUUUUAAUAUGCGAGCGGCUUUGAUGUGGACAAUUAAUGACUUUCCUGCAUAUGGCAUGUUGUCUGGAUGGGGUACACAUGGUAAAAUGGGAUGUCCACAUUGCAUGAAUCACACAAAAGCGUUUACUUUGGACUUUGGUGGGAAAAACUAUGGUGAAGCACGUAGAAUUAAAGGAUAUGGGGUUGACCAUAAUUGGACAAAAAGAAGUAUCUUUUGGGACCUCCCAUAUUGGAAGGAUAAUUUGUUGCGUCAUAAUCUUGAUGUUAUGCAUAUUGAGAAGAACUUUUUUGAUAAUAUGCUUAACACGGUGAUGGAUAAUGAGAAGACAAAAGACAAUGAGAAGGCUAGGAAAGACAUGGAACUUUUGUGUAAUCGAAAAGAAUUGGAGUUGAAACAUCGACCAAACGGAAAAUUAUUAAAACCCAAGGCUUGUUACACUCUUACUCCCCAAGAAGCAAAAGCUGUAUGUCGGUGGUUAAAUGAAUUGAGGAUGCCUGAUGGUUAUUCUUCUAACCUGGCAAGAUGUGCUGACGCCAACACUGGGAAAUUGCAUGGAAUGAAAAGUCACGAUUGUCAUAUUUUCAUGGAACGAUUACUUCCAAUUGCAUUCAGUUCACUGCCUAAGAAUGUGCUUAAUCCACUAACUGAGAUCAGUCAAUUUUUCAAAGACAUUUGUGCUUCAACUUUAAGAGUAGACGACAUCAUUAAAUUGGACCGAAAUAUUCCUGUCAUUUUUUGCAAGUUGGAGCAAAUAUUCCCGCCAGGUUUCUUUGAUUCUAUGGAGCAUCUCCCUGUGCAUCUUGCUUAUGAAGCUUUUCUAGGUGGACCUGUUCAAUAUAGAUGGAUGUAUCCAUUUGAACGAUUCAUUGGUGAUUCAAAGUGA